AUGAAACCGCCACAACGCAAAAGCUCCUUCCUCACGGUGCGAGAUCUGCUAGAUACUUGCAGUGUGGGUAGUAAUGAAUCUCCUUCCUCUACCUCCGCUUCACCUACUGAGGAAUCAGUGUGCUCUCAUCCUCCUCCCACCGCGUCCAAACCUCACGGGGAGCUCAAACUCGGCUCAACUUCACUUAUAGAUGAUGCGAAAACCCCCUCGCCUAUCCCACAGACCUCCUGUCCCAUUCCUUUCUUUUAUCCCUCCUACCUCAAUUACAGUUGCUUCAAUCUCCUAAAAGGGCCCAGUGAAAUGAAAAAGCAAAGACGUUCAAUAACACCACCACCUCCUCCACUGCCACCUGCUUCGCAAACAUUUAAUGCCUACCGCCGUGAGAGAGAACGUGAACGGCGAAACGAUACAUGCGAGUUUUGUGGAAAGGUGUUUAAAAACUGCUCCAACCUAACAGUUCAUCGACGCAGUCACACGGGUGAAAAGCCCUAUAAGUGUGAAUUGUGUAGCUAUGCAUGUGCCCAAUCCUCCAAGUUGACGCGACACAUGAAGACGCACGAAAAGGAUGGAAGGCCCAGUCAUCGAUGCCGCUACUGUCAAACACCGUUCAUUGUCCCCUCAACGUUGGAGAAGCACAUGAGAAGGUGUGGGGCAAGAGUGCGAGGAGAGGCACGAUUUUUAACCUCGGCACCACCUCCGUCUCAGGCUCCGAUACCGCCGCCGCCACCGCCACCUCCACCGCCACCCCCACCGCCGCCACCAAUUUCUCCACAAGAGAUAUAUGGACGGGCCUUUUCGAACGCAUUACCAAGCAUUCUCUCACCAUGGUGCUAUUCUCUUUUCUCGUCCCUUACUCCCAACUCCUCUGCUCAUCCACCUCCUCCACCACCUCCACAGUCAGGGUUGUUACCAGGUCGGUACUGA